AUGAAAUUCAUUUCUCCAAGACCCAUUUUCACUCUCUCCUCUGUAUCGAACCCCAAAAGAACCUUUUUCAAGAUUUUCCAUUUAUCAACAUCCGCCCCAUCGUUUCAUUCGUCUACCAGUUCCACCUACCAUUCUCGCCGCCAUGAGGAGGAGAGCCGGAAUGUCCAGGUUUCGGUCUGGUGGGAUUUCGAGAACUGUGAUUUGCCUUGUAAUGUGAAUGUAUUUAGAGUGGCACAGUUCAUUACCAGUGCCGUAAGGGCGAAUGGGAUUAAGGGUCCAAUUCAGAUCACGGCCUUUGGCGAUAUAAUGCAACUCUCCAGGGCCAAUCAGGAGGCUUUAUCUGCUACUGGGGUUAAUCUCAAUCAUAUUCCUUCUGGUGGAAAAAACAGCGCUGACAGAUCUCUUCUCGUGGAUCUUAUGUAUUGGGUUUCUCAAAAUCCUCCACCAGCGCACCUUUUCUUAAUAUCUGGCGACAGAGGGUUUGCGGGCAUUUUACAUCGGCUAAGGAUGAAAAAUUACAAUAUCUUACUAGCCAGUCCAGAUGGAGCUCCCAGUGUUCUACGCAGUGCUGCAAGUAUCAUGUGGCAAUGGAAUGCUUUGGUUAGGGGGGAGAAUCUUAAUGGAAAGCAUUUUAACAAACCUCCGGAUGCCCCCUACAGUUCCUGGUAUGGUCAUUCCAAGGCACCCCUUGAAGACCCCUUUGCAGUUACCGAGCAACCUCCAAACCAUACAGAUGAAUUGUCUCACUCUGAUACAGAUUCUAAGCUUCGACCAAUUCCCAAGGCAGUCACAAAACAAAUUCGUCAGAUUUUGAACUCGUACCCUGAAGGGAUUCUAAUUACUGAACUUCGUAGGGACUUGGUAAAGAGUAAUUUGAAUAUAGAUAGAGACUUGUAUGGAUAUAAAAAGUUCUCCAGGCUUCUUGGAGCCAUGCCACAUAUUCUAGAACUUCAGCCAGGAAGUGAUGGUCAGAUCUAUGUACGCGGUGUUAGCAUCAAAAUUUCUGAACAAGAUGAGUCAAGCCCAUCUAUAUAUACAGGACCCAUAGCUAACAAAGGAGGAUCUGAAACUGUAUCACUCCUUAAAAAUCCUGAAGCAAAGACGGUAGCUCAUCCAAGAAACUGGCAAGAGCCAUCAAACAUGCAUGAGCAAAAAAUAAAAAUGCAAGAGCCACCAAAAAGGGAGAAAGAGUCUUUCCCACCAAUGAAACUGCAAGAAUUACCAAAGAAACAAGAACAAACAGUGCAGGAUCUAACGAAAAAAGUUGAAGUUCCCUCUUCUCCUGUUGGAGCUCUGGUUAAUGCCACAGAAAAUAAGAGUCAAUCGCAUGCUUCUGAGGAGCACAGUUCUGAGGCUGAAGUCUGGAUCUCCCAAAGGAUAUGGAGGAAGUGGUUUGGGAGUAAAGAUAGGGACGCGGAUAAGAACAAUUUUAGCAAACAGGAUGAAAUUUCUGUUGGCAAUUUAACGGCUGAGGACAAAGAUGCGAUAUCAACAAGUUUGUCUGCUAAAUCAGUUUGUCCUGCAUUAUUUUCACCUUCAAGUCAUGAGGCCAUUAUUGAUGGAAAAAUAGCUUAUGAUUCAGAUGCUUCUGCUGAAUCAUCCAGCCAAAGAUCUAGUAUAUUCUCUCAGUUUAUGCGCUGGUCUAGAUUUUGGAGCUCCUCAGACUCUAAUCAUGCAACUGAAGAAUCUCGAGAAAAUAUUGAACGGAUGAAAAAUGAUAAUCAGAAGCAUGAUGUUUUUAUGGAAGAACCCUUUUGGAAGGAAAUAGAGGCAUUCAUUGAAACAUCCCAAGCUUCAGCUAUUGCCUUCCAAUCAAAGACCAGGGAGCAUCUGGCACAAAAUUUACAAAACAAGGGGCCACCAGUUCUUAGAUCACUUCCUCUGAGUAAUCUUCUUCACUUGGUGGACUUACUAAUCUCUGAGAAGAAAUGGAUCAAGGAAUGCCACUCUCAAACCUAUCCUUUUAAAGUUCUUCAGCAUACUGGAAAGGAUCCGUCUAACAAUCAUCCUUCCCAUUUAAAUGGACUAAGUUCUAUAUUUCAGCUGGGGGACCCACCAUCCGCUUCACAUAACCUACAAGAACUUGUAGACGAAAAGCACCAGAAUAUCCGUGAACCUGUAUGCCAGAGUUCCUCCAGCAAAUCGAGAAGUGAGAUACUAGCCGACUGUCACAAGCUUGUGGAUCUUAUCGUAAAGGAAUAUCCUGAAGGAUUUAACAUGGGAGCUUUUAGGAAACUAUUUCUCGAUAAAUAUGGCUACUCUCUUGACUUACAGAAGCUUGGUUACCAAAAGUUAGUAACCCUUUUACAGAUAAUACCUGGGGUGAGAAUAGAGUCUAAUUAUAUCAUUCCUGCUGGUGAAAUCUCAAAAAAUCUCGACCUAAAAUCUUCUGAUUUGCUUGUUCAAGAAAGUGAGGUUGGUAAAGUAGGCAAUUUGGGUAGUGAAUUAUCGGAAACAUCGAGGAAAGAUGACGAUGUCAAUUCUCCUUGGGAGGAACUAGGCCCAAUUGCUAAUUCGGGCCACGAAACGGACGAAACAGUGGGGCCAACAUUCCAUGAUUAUGAACCUCUAGCUGAUGAUGAUUUUUCUGAUUCAGAAGAUGAGAUGUCCUCCAAAUCAGAAGGUGGAGAUAAGUCUAGAAUGGACGCAGAAGAUAGCUCUUUAUUGCAGAUUCUCGACUCAUGGUACAGCAGUAAGGACGAUAAUGGUAGAAAGGAUGCACCAGAGAAUCUCGCCAAAAAUAGUUUAAAGCCAUCUGCAUCAGCCGGGCUUGCCACCAAGAAUGGGACUGCAAUGGUAAACCAUGCACGGAGGCAGAAACCUACGAAGAGCUAUUCAUUCGUCUCGGAACAAACCAGAAAUGAUAAAGACAGAUCGAUUGAUAAUAUUUUGGGCUGCUUGAAGAAGUCUGGUGAGAAGUCGGCAGAUCCCAGGGUACCGGGCUGA